AUGGCGGACGAACUACCUCCCCCGCAAACCUUCACCUCCGCGGACCGAAUUCGCCAACUCAAUGACAUCGACAAGGAUGUCGCGCAACUCAUUAAUUCCGCCGGUCUAGCCAUCCAGGCCCUCACAAAUGCAACCCCAGACUCAGACUCCUCCUCACCAGGACCCGCCUCCCUCGAAUCCCACAAAACACAAUUCAAAGAGGCCACCUCAAAAUACUUCGCUCUACUAUCCUCCAUCGAUGUACGACUACGCAGGCAGCUCUACGCGCUAGAAGAAGCUUCUGUCUUGGGUCCUGAUACCCCUCAACGAACGGAUGCGACAGCUGCCGGCGGAGCUGGUGGUCCCAAUCCCGGCACUGGGCCCGUAGCUGCGGCUGGACCUUCCAAUCCUCUGGAUGUUAGUUGGUUGAAUAGUCGGAAGGAUACUGUUGGCAAGGAUAAAGAGGCGGAGCUCUGGGCGGCUGCCCGGGAAUUUGUGGCGGAUUUGGAUCAGAAGUCCGUGGACGGCUCUCAGUCUAAUGGAGAUUCGGAGAAAAUGCAGGUCGAUUGA